ACAAGAGAGAAGAUCGCAUCUGGCAAAAGAUCCUGGUUGAAGGCACGAGAAGACAAGGUUGUCGCUAAGGGCAAGGGAGAGCUGCAAACCUACUGGAUCGAACUAGGUUUGGACACAAAAUCUUGUCAUACUACUGUCUCGAGCCUGGACACACCUACACGUGACUCUUCCUAA